UAGUUUUAAAUAGAAGCCGGAUAAAUACACGCGUUUCAAAUGCACCGAACAGGUGUAAGCACUUUUUUUUAAUGAACACAUUUUUUUUUUUUAUUUUUUUAACGUAAACUUAACCCUCUAAGACGUAAGCAUGCCUGAAGGCACGUAUUACGUUUUUGGCCCUAACAAAUAAACUAAAGGCUUUUUAAUCGUUUAAAUAAUUUUUGGCGGUUAAUAAAAAGCAUAUUCAAUUAUAAGUGUCAGCUGUUAAGAUCUCCAAAGCUCUUAACGGGACUUAUGUUUAGGAAUACACAAAGCAUAUGUUUUUUCGCGCGUAAAAUUUUGUCUGCGGUAGGUUGUGUGUUGCUGUUCAAAUAUUAGUAAAUAUAUAAAACCUAUCCAGCUCAUUAUUUUUUUUCUUGAAAGGUAAGUUUAUUUACUUUUAAAAUUAAGUUAAAGAUUUGCAAAUAUAUAAAAAGCAUGCUUUGUGACAGCGAACGAGCGAUACGUGCCUUGAGGCCCGUUUGGGGAUCCAAGACAACUUUUGUUGCCAGCUGAUAACUUCACAAAUGAUUGCAAUUUAUGUGUUUGUUUCUGUUGAUGGAGUGAUUUUACUAAAUAGAAUUAGAAAUAUUAUAGAAAAUGGCAAACCGGGUUCGGUAUAAGCUGUCCGACUUGACAGAUGAGCAGUUGCUCAAGAUAUUUGACUCAGUUCCGUCGGAUGUAGAAGUGUCAAGUUCAAGUGACGACGAGGAGGAGGACAUUGAUAUAAUGGAUGCUCUUAAUUCUGCGUUAGAGGAUGCUGAAACUAUAUCAUUUAUUGAAAGUAAUGUUGAAAAUGUCCAAAACAAUGCACAAAAAGCUGAGACUUCCCAGAGAACUGAAAAAAGACCGCGAUCACCAUUACCAAUCAGUGAAGAUUCGGCGUGCGCAUCUCCGCCAAAUUCGGGUGGAUUCAAUGGAGCUGGUAUUGAAUCAAUAACAAAAGAUUCCAGUAAGAUUAUGUGGCGAGAGAAAUGUAUGCAGUUACAUGUUAACAAUGUAGCAUUUCGAGGCGACUUUUCGCUUCCAGCAGACAUAAAGGAGCUCGAAACUCCUCUAGAGUUCUUUUGCUAUUUUUUUAAUGCAGAAAUCAUUAAUAUGAUCGUCGACGAAACCAUGCGCGCAGCUUUAAAUGAUGAUAUAAACAAUAAGUUCAAAAUUAACACUGAUGAGAUGCAUCAUUACAUAGGUAUUUUGAUGUACAUGUCCUUUUAUCGCUACCCAAAUCUGAAGAGCUACUGGGGACAAAAUGCGCUCAGACCUAUACAAGCCUGCAUGUCCCGAAGCCGAUUCGAGUCAAUCAAAAAGUACUUGUCGCUACGGGAUGAGAGCGAACGGAUCAAAAAGGGUGAACCAGGCUACGAUCCUUUGUUCCGUACGCGAAAGUUUGCAGACUGUCUCAACAAACGGUUUGACUCGGUGCCUAAGUAUGCUCGCCUUUGUGUUGACGAGCAAAUGUGCAGCACAAAAAUGAAGCACCACUUGCGUCAGUACAUGCCAAAUAAGCCGCACAAGUGGGGCAUUAAACUAUUUGUAUUAUGCGAUUCAUUUGGAUACGCAUACCGCUUUGAGAUUUACAGCGGUGCAGGUGAUAAUGUGGUCUUACCUGGUCACCCAGAUCUUGGUGCUUCAGCCAACAUUGUGGUGCGCUUAACACAAACCGUAGAAAGAUUUAAGAAUCACAUCAUUUACUUCGAUAAUUUUUAUACAUCUCUGCCUUUGAUGGUAUAUCUAAGAGCGAUAGGUAUUUAUAGCCUUGGCACGGUGCGAGGAAACCGUAUCCCCAAUUGCAAGCUGCCAAACGAUAUUGCCAUUAACAAAUUGCCAAGGGGUUUUUCGACUGAGUACGUUGGGUCCUCAUAUGGUGUCGAUAUAACCAAUGUACUCUGGAAAGACAGCAAACCUGUUCGCUUUUUGUCCACCUAUGUGGGCGUAAAGCCAUUUGAUAAGACAAACCCUCGUGAAGGAACUGCAAAGGCUUCUCGCUUUGAUAGAAAGACUAAGCGACACAUCUCAAUUGAUUGUCCCCAAAUUGUGCAUGAGUAUAAUGCUCACAUGGGCGGCGUAGAUCUCAUGGACGGCCUAAUGGGACGCUAUCAUAUUAGAGCAAAAACUAGGGAUGCCGCUACACGUAUUUUUUAUCACCUAAUUGAUAUGGCAGCCACCAACGCCUAUAUUUUAUACAGACGUAUGCAAACAGAGAACGAAUGCAAACAAUUACUUGCACUCCCAGACUUUCGCGAAACACUAGCUGCAGGGCUGGUGACAUAUAAACACAAAAACUUACCGGGUCGCCCAAUCAAUACCAACAAUACAUCUUCACCGCGAUGGGCAUACCAGUCUCCAUCCUCUCAGUCAGGACGAACAAUGCAGGCAGAUCGGGCAAAGCAGUCUCCACUCUCUCAUCGACCUCAUGAGCUCAAACAUGGUCACAAAUCAAAACAUCCAAUAUCGGACUUGCGCUUUGAUCAGCUAAACCAUUUCCCCCAUUGGUUGGAUCGAAACAGUGGAAAAAGAUAUUGCAAGCACUGUAAAACUUCACAAACGCAAUGCAUAUGCACGAAAUGCAAUCUGCAUUUAUGCUGCACGGCAAAUAAAAACUGUUUUGUAGAGUACCAUAAGAAAAAAUAAAAAAAAAUAUUCAUUACUUGAAAAUGUUUUUUUUCCCUCAAAGCCCCAAGCGUGCCUUCAGGCCCGCUUACCUUUCUUCUCACCUUACAGGUGAA